AUGGCCGCAUUCACCUUGAGCUGGACCGUCAUCCUGACAGCAGCUGCAGCAUUCGCGCUGGGCUUCGCAUCAACAUUCUCCACCUCCCAUUCGACCUAUCGCAUUCCAGCAACAGUCCAGAACGGACCAGCCCAUGCAAGAUUCGAAGUCGACACCCCCGGCGGCAAAUUGGGCAUUCAGAGCCGACAGAGCCUCGAUGCGCCAAUGCUCAGUUCAAUCAAUAGCUCCGUUUUUGACUGGUGGUACUUUGAUGCGGUUUCCUUGGAUGAUCCGCGCGAAUCGCUCGUCUUGACCUUUUUUACCUCCACGGCUGAUGCGUUUCCCUUUUUGGAUUCGACGCAGGAAUCUGUGCUUAUCGCGUAUGCUUGGGCUUCGUUCCGCAAUGGGUCUUCAUGGUCUGGUUAUCUUCCUGCGACCCUGGCGACGGUUGAUAUCAGUGGAGAUGGAGAAGCAGAGGCAGAUGGGAACGUGAGUUCGGGGAUGUGGAAUGACACGGGGCUUCAAUGGAAUGCUUCGAAAGAGGAUCUAUCGGCUUAUGAGGUAUCGGUGAACUCGCCAGAGUUGGACGUCAAGGGGAAGUUGAGUUUUACUUCGAGUACUCCUCCUCAUCUACCCUGCGGUGUUCAGUCUGAUACCACGUCUUUACAGAUUGCUCCUCACGUCGGGUGGGUGAAUCUGGUACCUGAUGCCGUGGGAUCCGUCGACAUGACCAUCCGAGGGUCUCGGUUGGACUUUGUAGGCGCUGCCUAUCAUGACAAGAAUUGGUCCGAUCGAAAUUUCACCGAGUCCGUCCGAAGCUGGUACUGGGGCCAUGGCCGACUCGGAGCAUACUCGAUUGUCUGGUUCAGUUACCUCGCCAUCAACGACCCCACUAACACAACAUAUGUCAGUAGCUACGUGGCUCGUGAUGGCGAGACUAUUGUCGAUGCUUGCGAUGUUUCGCUCCUCACUGUUCGUCCUACCGGGAGCCCGAACACGACUGGGUCCCGAUACCCGCCGUACGUUGGCGAUAUCCCAGAUGGAUUCAAGCUUGAUUUUGCCUUACGGGAAUAUCAACGGCUCAGAGUGAAUGUCUCUACGGAAUCUAAAGUAGCUGGGGAUGGAGAGUAUUAUAUGCGAUGGACGGGGAGUAUAAAGGGUGAGGUGGUGGAGGUGGGGAUGGAUUCAUCGUCUGAGUCCGUGCUAGAGUCUUCAAUCACUGGAGUGGCAGUUUUUGAACAGUUUCACAUGCUGGAGCGAGGCUCAUCUUAG